UUUUCUGUUUAUAAUGAAAGGAAUUCAUAAUUAAUUGUGUAAGCACGUUCUUACCAAAGACCAGCAUUGUUUAUUGUUUAGAGGUCAAUGCGUCUUUCAGUCAAAUGUAUUUCACGGCUUUUCGACAUCAGCAGUGGUCACAGGUGCUUUGUGCAAACGUCACGGCUCGUUGGAUGAAUUCCACACUGGACCAGACGACCUGCUAGCCGUUUUUAACCAUGGAAUAACGAUAUAACUCAGGCCGUAACGGAAUGUCUUCUAAGGGAAACAAGUCCCAUAUUGUAAGUGUUACUUUCUAUCUGUGUUUCUCCGUCUGGCCGCCUAUCUUUAUCUUUCUCUCGUUUCCCACCGCACCGAGCUGUCUUUCGCCGGGGCGGCUGUCUCUGCCCUACUUGCGCAAAAGCAGAAUCAGGGGAUGGAAAGUCUAGAGCGCUCAUUUUCACAGCUCGAGCGUGUCAUAGGAGAGCGGGGAGAGGGAGGGGGGAGGCGAGGGAAACCCAGACCCAUGACUUUAGCGUAUUUUCCUCUCUUCAGUCUCUCCGCCCCACAAGCCUUUAUAAGAGAACAACAUGGUUGUGUUUAGUUACAGUUCAUACCGGCUAAUGUCCAAAGAGAGACCAACACGACUGAAACGUAUCCAACCGAGAAGGAUAUACUUUUGGAACGCAAGUUUGCUGGCGUUUGACUUUGUUGUUACAGAUUUGACCGACUCACCCCACUGCGUGAAAGUAAUUUUUGUGGAGUGCUCCUCCGGUUGCCAGACACGCUUUAGUCUUCUUCCAAAACUGGGAUCUCCGAAAGCCGUGAGAUGGACGUGGAAUCUCAAAUCAAGAGUGAGCGCCCCCGGGCACGGUUCCUGGACGUUUUCUUGGUCAGUUCAGUAGUUUUGCUCUUCCUCGCGGUCGUGGCGAUCGUUGUAAUGGGGACCAUGACUGUCACUAAGAUAGAGGCGAAGACUGGGAUUACACUGCGUACUUCUGCCGAUCCCAUAAAGGAACACAGUUUCAAUACACCUUACAUGAAGCAGAACUUUGCCUACAUUCAACCAACGUCAAGCGAGUUGCAGAACGACAGGACAAUGUCUUGGAGGUCCAUUGAUUCUGGACCCACCAAUUCCAUUGGCGGUCUCUAUGCCUAUGACGACACCAAAAGCACCCUGCAAAUCAAGAGGGGUGGCAUGUACUUCCUGUACGUUGAACUCCACCUCUCCUGCACCGCCAAUUGCCAGGAAGGCAGAGUCGCCGUCCAUGUUAUGUGGGACAACCUCAAUCCGCUCACCUGCGAGGUGGCCCUGCCGAAGUUGACGGACGACAAACUCGAAGUGUCCGAGAGGUGCUGGAAAGUGACGCACCUCAGCUCGGAUAGCCAGCUUUUAAGUAAGAUGGUCGUCUCAAACUCCGGAUUCUGGAAACUGGAUCUCAACAAGUCCGGAAUGGGAAUUUUCUUGGUGGGUUCGGACUAAGGCCGGUUGAGUCGCGGACAACGUCUGUUGGCACCAACUGCACCCUGCUGGUGUCCUGGGCCUGAAUCAGCUGCUGAUCUAACAAGCUUUGUGGAACGUCGCAGGUGUAGGUGUCACAUACAAAGCCUGUUUGACAAGGCGAUGAAGACUCCAGAGGUUUGCUUGUUCUGCGCUGCCAUUCUGAACAUUCCAGAACGUUGCCUUGCUCUGAACGCACCCUUUGAACAUUCUUCUCUGGGAGAACAUUCUCUUGGGAGAAAUUAGUUAGGGUUACAGCACAGAGUAGGGGGGGGGGACCAGGAAAAGAAGCUGACUGAGGGGGUAUUAACUGUGUCCUAUCUAAAAUGACUUGCAGAGAAAGAAACCCUUCCCAUCAUGCACUUUGCCCUCGGUCAUUCAGGACAUCACACUGGAAACGAUCCAAACUAAACCAGUUCUGGUCCUUCGUCACCUAUAGUUAUUUAUUUAAGUAUGUAUUUAAUGUCAUGAUAUUUAUGUCCUGCCUUCUCGUGUGUUGUUUAUUGAUUUAUCGAUUGUUUACGCGGAUAACGUUCGAUGCCACUACAUUCGUGCUCGCGUGGAUUAUGAAUUCACUCCGGUGUUGUUUGAUAAAACCGUCGGCUAUGUAACGUCUGUCUUUUAAGAACCAAUUUUACGGUUCCACUGAAAACAGCGAUGGAUCGGGGGUUAUGUUCCUGACGUACACAUGCUAUACUGUGUAUAUACAUGUACUGUUGAUUUGUAAUAUUUUAAUGCUUUAUCAGGAGACGUCACACAGCUGUUCCUCCAGGAGAUGUCUGUGUACAGGCCCCGGAGAUCAGCAAUGGUUCUUUGUUCAUUCCGUGGUGCGUCUAGAAAACCUAGAAGGUGCUGUACUCACCGAGUGAGAUAACUAGCUCUGUAGGGACUUGGUCCCCAAAGCCGCCCUAUUUCCUGAUAUUGUGCACUCCGGGCCAUAGGAUUGAAGUGCACUGUGUAAUGAUUAGGGUGUCAUUUGGAGAGCAAGCGGGCACUUCCAGCAGGCGGCGUCUACUAUGACACCCCUUAGAAGUGACGCAGUCGUAUUUCUACUACAAAAGAAAUGUUCGUCGUUUUGCACAGGUCACCACGACCAGUCGAUUAAUGUAUUUAUUCUAUUUAUUACAAAAUGGAUGUUUGUUUUGGUGUUAUUUAUCUUGAUUUGUGUGCCUUCAUUUCAUUUGCGUGCAAAUGUAAACAGUAUUUAUAAUGAACUAGUUAA